AUAAAAAAAAUACACGUUGACCAGGAGCUUUUGCAGAAAGGCAACCGGUGAUCGUAGUCCCUUUCUUAAUCACGAAUCAUCAGCCCUCCCUACUAAAUAAAUAAUCAAUAAAUCCCCAAAUCGAUCGACACAACUGAAAAAAUUCAGAUUAACCAACAUUCCUUUUUAUUCCCAAAUCGAUAUCGAUACUAGUCAGUUUGAAAUCCAAACCUAACAAUUUUAUCAAAUUCAUUCCCAAACCCUAGCAAUAAAAUUACAAGAAUCAUCAAUCAGUUACAAACAAAAAUGUGAAUUAACCCCGGAAAUAUACCGUUUUGUAGAUAUUAUAAUCAGACGAUGGUGAGGUGUGUUGACAAUGAUUUACAACUAGUGUUAAACAACAAUUAUUGCCCAAUCACACUCUUUCAAUCCACAUCCUCAAUUACUUCAUCUCUUCUUAAUAAUGGAUUCCAACAACAAGAAGAAGAAAACUGUACAAGAAAUCAACAAGAAUCAACAACAACAAGAAGAGAAAGUGAAGAUCAUUAAAUGGGAUGACUUUCAACAAGAACUUGCCCGCCUUUCGAGUUUAUCGUCUGCCUUAAACGAAGCCAAUCAAAACAAGUCUUUGAUUCAACAGAAACUUAAUUCUCAUCUACAGUUAGAAGCAGAGUCAUUAAGUCGGUCAAACAAGCUAGAUGAAAUGCGCGAGAAAUUGGAAGCGCGAAAACUGGUUAUGGGAAACAUGUCAAUGCAAUCCAAAGUUGUGCAAGAAAAAGCUAAAAAGCAGGAGGAACAACUUAACUCUGAGAUUAGAUCUCUGCUCAUGGCUGGAACCUCUCUUUCCGUAGCUAGCAAGAGCUUGCAGGAAGCAAAUAAUUCAUUGGGUGGAGAAAGAGGGUACGUUCAUUUACGAAAGUUACAGAAACUGGUGAGGGCGAGGCAGCAACACAUGGUCUCACAAAUUUCGUUACUCUAUCCGGUGAAGUUGGUGGCCGGACAUUCGAUUGAACAAGAACUUGAUUCUUUUUCCAGCAGCAGUAAAUCAGGCAAUCCUUCUGGAGUGAAACCCCUGGAUGCAGGAUCUUUAACUAUUUCGGGUCUUCAUCUCACAGUGCUCCCUUUUAAGAAGAUGAGUUUUUUCACUGAUAAGAAGGAAGUGCAAAGCUCAGCUACUGCUCUUGGUUAUGUUGCACAUGCUGUUUCAUUAAUUGCUUUCUAUUUGGAAGUUCCUUUGCGCUACCCAUUACGAUUAGGUGGCUCUCGUACAUAUAUCUGUGAUUACGCUCCCUCAGUGGAGUCUACAUCAUCUGACAUUACAUCAAUCUCUUUACCUUCCUCAACUUCAAAGCCGAUGGAAUUUCCUCUGUUCUUGGAAGGGCAAGACACAACCAGAUCAGCUUAUGCUGUAUUUUUACUAAACAAGGAUUUGGAACAGCUCUUGAACUUCAUUGGUGUUCAAAGUUUAGGGCCACGACACGUGCUGGCCAACCUGAAAGAGCUGCUAAACAACAUUCUGUCUACGGAAUAUAUCGAUACAUAGCCCGAAAGAGCUUCCAUUUCUGUAGGUUUGUUGUACAUGAUGUCUCUGUAUUCUUACACGGUGCUUGUUUUUUCCCCCACGGAGCACCUUCAGAUGGACUUAUCCUAUAUAAUUGCAGAGACAUCAUCACCUUUUCAGUGGUUGUGUUAGUUGCCCUGGUGUUGAUGAACAUCAUGCUUCAGAAAUUGGUAAUUGGAAGUCUAGUUAGGGAAUGCAAUUUGAAUUGAACAAGAAUACCAAGAGGGUUUAGUGAUAUGCCAUAAAUUGAUCUUUCUGUAGAGGAAUACAUCUGAUGAGUCUCUGUAAAUUCUCAGCAGCAAAUGCAUAACAUGCAUAAAAUUUUAUGCUGACAAUCUCGAUAUAGGACUUUGUUAAAACCUAAAUGGUGGCUAUAAAACCUCACUAGGCGUUAUGAUUGUUGUUGGGUUAAAUAGAUUUUUAAAGUUACGAUUCUUUAAUUCUUUUUUGCACAUCAGUUAUCGACACAAUCUUUUCAAUGUAUGUCUUUUCUUUCUCGGAAA